ACAACUAAAUCACAAUCCCCAUUCAAAUAUGUUUGGAUCUCUGGUUCUCCUCUGGCUGGCUGCCUGUCUUGUCUUUUUACUUUUCCGAAAUCGCAGAGAUAAAAACUUUCCUCCAGGCCCUCCAGCCCUUCCCAUCUUUGGAAACUUGUUGCAGCUCAAUCUGAAAAAUCCUUCUAAAGAUCUGGUAAAGCUGGCCUCACAAUAUGGUAAUGUCUACAGUCUAUUCCUUGGCUGCAGAAAAGUAGUCAUCAUCAGUGGCCUACAGGCAAUGAAAGAGGCCUUCAUUACUAAGGCUGCUGACUGCUCUGGAAGACCACAAGACCUCAUGAUCAACCAUUCAGUACAACGGAAAGUUCAUGCUCCAGGAAUAGUUCUAUCAGAUUAUAGUUCUGGUUGGAGGGAGCACCGUCGCUUCACGCUGAUGACUCUGAGGAACUUGGGGAUGGGGAAAGAGUCCAUGGAGGGGAGGAUUCUGGAAGAGACAAGAAACAUUGUGAAGAUUCUAGAGGACAGUGUGGGUAAAAAAAUUGCUCCUCAGAAGUUGUUCCAUAAUGCAGCCUCAAAUAUCAUCUGCGCUGUACUGUUGGGUACUAAUCACAAUUACAAUGAGUUCAUCCAGUUGUUUGAUCAGAUUGUCAGAGAAAACUCCAAGAUCCUCAAUGGACGCUGGGCUAUGAUUUACGACUCCUUACCCAUGGUGCGCCUCCUGCCACUCCCUUUCUGGCAAGUCUUCAAGAAUUUCAAGAUUGGCCAACAGAAGGUAAUGGAGCUGUUGGUUAAGCAUAAGAAGACCAGAGUCCCCGGUAAACCGCGAGAUUUCAUAGACUGCUACCUGGAUGAACUGGAUAAGAGAGGGCAUGAUAGGUCAUCAUUUUCCGAAGAUCAGCUUUCUUCAAUAUUUGUGGAUCUUCACUUUGCUGGGAGUGACACUACCACAAGCACUCUGCUUACUGCUUUCCUCUACCUUUCGACCCACCCACAGAUACAAAAGAAAUGUCAACAGGAAAUAGACAAGGUUAUGGAAGGGAAGGAUCAUGUCACUUUUGAGGACCGACAUCAGAUGCCCUACAUUGAGGCUGUGAUCCAUGAGGUCCAGAGGAUAGGUAAUAUUGCUCCCCUCGGUGUCUUCCACUUAACCUCAAAUGACAUAGAGCUCAUGGGAUACUCCAUACCCAGGGGAACUAUCCUUAUUCCCAACAUGACCUCUGUGCUCAAUGAGGAGGGACAGUGGAAAUUUCCUCAUGAAUUUAACCCUGAAAACUUUCUGAAUAACCAAGGAGAGUUUGUUAAGCCGGCGGCCUUCAUGCCUUUCUCCAUAGGUCCCCGCAUGUGUCUGGGGGAGAAUUUGGCCCGUAUGGAGCUUUUUCUAAUCAUUGUUAUUCUGCUGGGGAAGUUCCAGUUCAUCUGGCCAGAGGACGCAGGAAAGCCAGACUACACUCCUCUCUUUGGUUCCACCCAAUACCCUAAACCCUACCAGAUGAAGAUCCAAUUCAGAGAGAAUCCUCAAAAGUUGUUAAAUUCAAUGUAAAUGUUUGUUAUUCACCAAAUUCAUAAACAGACCAAACAUUGAUAGUUUUGAGAAUUGUGAUUUAGUGUGAUAUUCCAAUCAAAGUUUUAUUGAAUAUUAAAUUACGAUUAAAAGAUCAACUUAAAUGCAAUUCCAUUCAAAACAAGUUGCGAUAUUAGAAAAUUGGUGUAAUUUGCUGUCAAACCUCUUUAUCCAUGUUGAUAUAUUUCUCAUCAGCCUAAAUGUUUGAUAUAUGUUGAACAAGUGCAAAUUUGCCAGUUCCUAAAUAUACAUGUUUUUUUUAUAAAUUAAAAUUUUUCUU